GUCCCAGCUGUGUGAGUGAGCGGAGCAGUGGCCAACUACAUAUACAUAUAUACCUACGAAUACGACUAAUACGAGCCAAGUCUCUCUCUCUCUCUCUCCUGGUGUGUCCGCGCGAGAGCUGAUAGCCCCCAGAGAGCUCUACACUCGCGCGCGCGAACGCUACAUCUCGGGAGAGGACUGUGUGUGUGCGUGUUGUCCAGCUCGUCGUUAGGAUAUAGCAGUGCUGUGAUUUACACCUGGUGCGCGCCUCCAGGAGUCAGGGCAGUGUCUGGAGUAUAAGCACACUGGUGUAUUAUAGCCAGAGCGCGACGGUCUCACCAUAGUGCACACACGGAUACUGAGAGCGCAUAUAUAGCUAUAUAUAUAUAUAUAUAUAUAUAUACGUAGACACAAGAGCGAGAGAGAGAGAGAGAACGUACAAUACGGGAAAGAGACGGGGGCCAGCCUGCAGCAGCAGAGUUAUAGCCGAGGUUUUUUCCAUGUUUUCGGCUGCGCCCGGAGAAGGUUUAGCUUGCAGUAGCGAGGCACAGUAGUCGUCGUCUUUCAACGAGGACACCGGUGCUCCACUACUACUGCUGCUGCUGCCCCGAGACUCAGCUGCGCCCGACGACGAGUGGAUACCGCGAGUAUAAGAGUGUUGUCUCGCUCGCGCGAAGACAGAGACAGAGCGAGAGAGAGAGAGAGAGCUACUGCUCAGGUGCCAGCAGCACGAGCGGAGUUAUCGUCGCCCUUCGACGAGAGGCAACAGCAGAGCGCGAGCAAGCCCCUAGCACACGAGGGCGGAAACCCUCGUGCGCCACCGAGACACGCCAGCGUAUAUGAUAUUCUACACGGAAAAUGAGUCGACAUGAUGGGGUAAGCUGUGACUCCUGCAUGAAGGGAAAUUUUCGGGGUCGCAGAUACAAGUGCCUAGUGUGCUAUGACUAUGACUUAUGCGCCAGCUGCUAUGAGGGCGGUGCCAGCACCACUCGCCAUCUCGCUGACCAUCCCAUGCAGUGCAUUCUCACCAGAUCAGAUUUUGAACUCUAUUAUGGAGGAGAAGGAGUGAGCAUUGAACAGCCCCAAUCGUUAACUUGUCCAUAUUGUACAAGGAUGGGAUUCACAGAAACAACGCUACAGGAGCAUGUAGCUGCAGAUCAUCCAGAUACUUCAUUUGAAGUGAUUUGCCCAGUGUGUGCAUAUUUACCUGGUGGUGAGCCAAACCUUGUUACUGAUGAUAUUGCUGGCCAUUUAAAUUUAGAGCAUCGCAGUGGACCAAGAGAUUUAAUAAGUUUUCUUGAUGAAUCAGCUUCCAAUCGGCAUGGAAAUCGGCGGAUAACACAUCCACCUAGAGGUGUCAAUACAUCCAGGACUCGCAGGUCUAACAUGCAUUUUAGUUCCUCGGGUGGACUUAGCCCAAGUAGCAGAGAUGGAAUAGAUCCAAUAGCUGAAUUACUUUCGCAAUUAUCAGGAGUUCGGAGAACUGGAGCUAGCAGUAGUGGAAGUGGAAAUGCAGUUCAAAGUUCAUCAGCACCGUCACAAUUACAGCAGUUACAGAUGCAAUUACAACUUGAACGUCAGCAAGUCAGGGCUGCCAGGCAACAAUUAGAGCGAUUACCGAAACGGCAGACGCACGUAAUCAACUCCGUCGCUGGUGGGGCCAGCAGCAGUGGAAAUAAUUCAAGCACCAUGUCUAGUGUCGUCGCAAAUAAUACAGCUAGCAACAACAAUGUUGCCAGCUCUGCCAAUCCAUCCAGUGUCUCAGCCGCAAAUUCACAAAACUCCACGUUUCUUCUUCCUCGAUGCAUAGCAAGCACGCCAUCCGACUCGCAGCUGCAAAGCAUCGAGCGGGAAAGUGCUAAUCGCAGCCUGUUCACACGUGAGCUAGUGGUCAGCACGCUGGUAGAAGCGCUGCCGGAUCUUGCAACCACGCAGCAGCAACCGGCGUCGAGCACUGUGCAAACACCCGCCUCGAGCGUAUCUACGGCGUUGAGCAGUCCUGAGACGCCGAGCGCCGCAACAUCCAAAAAAUCAGCAACCGCCUCUGGCUCCUCGGUUCAAGAAAGUGCCACCGGUAGUAAAAGAGAGCAACCGAGUGGUGCUGCUGCUCUCACGAAGCAACAGCAGCAGUCACAACACAGCACGACGCAGGCGACGCCUGCAAACAACUUGCACCAGGCUGCGGCUGCAGCGACAGCGACCGCGGCAAACCAGGGACUGCCAGCUAACCCAAACGCGGUCUCGGCGCAAAGCGCGGCACCCGUUGUACAAACGUUAAUGCACGUCAUACCUCAACCACUGCAUCUUUCCUGAAAAAUCCACAUUACAAACAGGUACUGCAGCAGCCACUGCCAAUAAGGAAUACCGGUACAGGUACAAUCAGGGAACAAAUGGCGACGCCGCCAGCGCCGGCCUACCUGCGUGGCGGUGUUGGUCCGGUAGGUGUGCCUACUGGUCAAUCGCGUCGGAAACCCGUGAGAACUGUCGAUGGCAGAAAUCAGUCAACGGAACCACCGCCCCCGCACUAACGAGGCAUCCUUCCUCUCGACCAGCCGCAGCAGCAGCACCAGUCGUCCCCAUCGCCAUCGCCUGUCAACACCACUGUCACCUAUCCGUCGUCCAUCCUCCUGUUGUCUACUUCAGCUGCCGCCGAUGUUGUACCCUCGCACUCUCGCGACAACAACGAGUUGCCGCAUCAUCCAUCCCAAGUCCAGGCUAGCCCUAUUUCACCUCCUUCUCCUACCUCUGCAUCCUCAUCUACGGUACGUAGCGACGAGAGCGAGUACGAGCGAGCGAGAGCUGAGAUAGAUUGAAAAAAUGUGAGGCAGAGGUAAUUGAAAUAGCGAUGAUGAGAGAAAAAUAAAAGGUGUUGCAUAAAGAGGAAAAGCGAGAGAGAGAGAGAGAGAGAGAGAGAGAGAGAGAGAGAGAGAGAGAGAGAGAGACAAAACAACAAAACAAAAACCCACUAGCACUAGUCCUAGCACUGUUUAGAACACCUCGUCAUUAUUGUUAUUAUUAUUAUUAUUAUUAUAAUUAAUGCAUAACAUUUACUUGCGAAUUUAUUCAUUUCUACUAUAUACACAAACCCGCGUGAGGGAGAGAGCGCAAGACAAGACAACAAUAGUGUUGUCAAAGGGAGCAAUUUCAUAAAAAGCUCUCAUUCGCUCUUUCUUUCUUGUUCACGUUCGAUCAAAGCAAGGGGAAAAGCGAUUGUGAAGUGGCGGCUUUCUCCUCUUUAGUGAUUCUUUCUGCCCUUUUGGAAAACUGCUUAACUCAUGGCUCUUGCAAAGAGUUUCCUUAUUGCAGAUUCGCGUACUACAAAGAAUGCCGAUCAUAAAAUAAAAAAGAAAUGGUGAAUUUAUUUUUAUUAUUAUGCGAAUAAGGCGCUUUUCUCGUUGUUGCAACUAACGUGGUUUUUAAGAUGCGAGUAAGAAUUUCGGCGAAUCAGAGAAUAAGUUUCAAGUAGAGGGUCGCUAUUGCUAAAUAUUAAGUAAGUUUGGCUUGUUGUAAAAUAUAUUCUUCAAAUUUAAUAGAGACGAUGUUUUUUCGUAUAAAAAUUGUAAUAAAUUAUGUCUCGCGUUGUUCUUUUAUUCGCCUCUAUCGAAUAUCCUUAAUAUUCUUCCAUGCUUAGCAAUUUUAAUCAUUUCACGUUCUUAACGUUUUAUUUUAUGUAGAGUAUUUCCAUUUUAAAUUAGUUAUACUAAUUUCAUAUAUCUUUCGUGGUAACUUCUUCGUCCGAGCAACUAUUGGCUAACUUUGCGCCUUUUAAAUUGUCAAUGAUUGUUGUUAUCCGAUUAAUAUACUUCAUUAUACUUUGUAAAAUCUUUAUAGAAACGUUUUAACUUCUGAAGUCUUUAAUCUAAGUAAAUGUAUACUUGGUGCAAAAUUUCCAAGUUUAGUACAUUCAUAUAUAUUUAAUACAAGUCAGCUGUGUAUUAAAAUUUCAAGUAGUUUACUGUUGUCUCUCCGUCUCUGCAUAUCGCAAAAGACGAAAACUUUCCCUACUUUCAAUUCCUUUGUUCUUUCUAUUUUCCGCUUUCCUUGACUCGUACUGCGUGAUUUUUUGUAAUUAGUGAAAAAUAUACAAGGAAAAAUAUCGCUCGCUCCAAGUGCUGCACUAACAUAAUACAGAAAAGAGACAGAAUAUUGCGUCUUAAAGUAUAAUACAUAAACGAGAUAUGAAAAUGAAGUGAGUAUGGUGAACGAUGGAACUCUUUUUUCAACAGCGAAAACACGUACACCACCGCCAAACGUGUGACAAGAUAACGAUAAACUGAGAAUAAAAACAGUAGCCCCGUGUCUUAUUACUUGUCGAUGAUUUAUAAUAACAAAGCCAUGGUUUUAAGGGAAAAAAUGCAAUUUUCAUUGAUUAUCAUCAUUAUCAUCGUAUCGAAUAUUAAUAUAAUACUAACGCUAAGGCUUGUAAAACUAGAUAGUUAAUAAAUGAUACAAGAAAAAACGUGCGUUUGACAGAGUUGCGAGAGCCACUCGAAAAUCGCACAAACCCUAUUGUAAUAUACACGCGACUUAUACCAGACUUACAAAAAUACGAAUAAUAUGGGAGGAAAAAAUCGUUUAAAAAAAGACUCACACAAACAUGUUUUUGUCACGAAUCUGUUUUCUGAACUCAUAUGUUCUUUAGAAAUUUUAAAUGUUGCGUAUAUAAACAAAGAACACAUCCACACAAGCGUUUUCUUGUUGAGCCGAUACGCCUUUUGAAAUUGCGCUUCCGAUUCGUUGUACUGCGAUGCGUGCACUUUCAUCGAUGAGCGAAAAUACGAAUUGUAAAAUUUUAUAAUGUAUAAAUGGAAAUAGCGGGCAAAGAGGAGAGAAAGAGACACAGAAAUCAAUUUUUAUAUGGGCGUUUGUAAGCUCGGGGGAAAUAAUGCUCGAGGAUUAUUCUGUAGGUUGUCAUAUACAUAUAUUCACGAGAUAAGCAAAAUUAAAAAAAAAGAUAAACGUGAUAAAGGGGCUACUGUGCGCAAAUUUGAAAGGCGUUCGGCAGAAUAAAGUUUUUUCGAAAGUAAUACGUAUAUCAUGUACUAUAAAUAUACACACAUCGUAUUGAGCACGUCGAAAACCAUAAUGAAUGCGAGAAAAAGUAAUAAACUACGAUUUAACGGAAAUUCUAAGCAAAGCAGGUAAAAAAAUGGAGUUUUUAAAACGAGAACCGAAAUUUCGGUGCAAUUAUUCUGUAAGAAUAGAGAGAGAGAGAGAGAGAGAGAGAGAGAGAGAGAGAGAGAGAGAGAGAGAGAGACGCAGAGAGAGAGAGAGAGAGAGAGAGAGAAACUCGGAGAGAUUAAUGUUUCAAACGUUCUUAGGCAGUGAGCAAACAAAAAAGGACGGCGGAGUGGGCGACGCGUAAAUUGAAAUAGCGUAAGAGGACGUCACAGCUCGUAUUAUAUAUUUUUGUUUUCUUUCUGUACAUAUUUAUAAAUGAAAAAAAAAUGACGAUGGUGAUGUGUGGAAAAAGAAAGAGCGUGAGUUGAACGAGUGAUUUAUGUAUGCGAGAAUCCAGUGAGUGCAAGAGUAUAUAAGUGCGAAAGCGGCACGCACGUAUAAAAAUCUCACAGCAUUACAUAUAAAUAUACAUAAAGCGAUUUCUUAGCGACGAGAUGGAAUAAACUUUCGAUCCUUAUGAUUGCAUGGCUGAUAUUACGAACGAAAGCAAGAAGGCGGAUGCGAGGAAGUCGUUGAAAGUUUCUUUAUAUACAAUUCGUAGAGGUCAGUGAAAAUAAUAAAAAGUUCAAAAUUAUUCACUUGCGCUAGCACAAUGGCAAGACGAGCGUUUGUAUUAAACGAGAAAACCGAUUAUUACAUAAUUUGGCCGGACAAUGUGUGUUUUAUUAUAUAUAAAUAUAUACAUAGAAUUCUUAGACACAGCAAAAGUUGAUGAGAGAAAGCGAAACGCGAAAAAGAAAAAUAAGAGCAUAAUGCGCGGUAGGUGAGCAUCAGCGUCGAUUUAAUCGGUUGAGGUGUUUGUCUUUAUUAGAUGUGCUCUCGAUCGUCGUUACACACGAAAAUACACCCGUACAUUAAACACACUGACACGUACAAUUACACAAUUGCGUGGAAUUAAUGGCGACUUAUACAUAAUAACGAUAAUGAUUGAACUGUAAAUCGUGUUUGGUUGUAUUAUUUGUGUUAUAAUAUUCCUCUUAUGCAGAAUAUAAUGGAAAUUCAAAGGAAGUCUUAAAAUCA